GACACAUCAAGACAGGAGGUCUGCUCACACGAAGACAGUCGUUUUGAAUACAAUAAAUAUUUAUAGACUUUACUUUUGUUGAUUUUCGUAUCUGAAACCUAAAAACUUUGUGUGGAUAUUGCCGCUUAUUAUCAGGAAGAGAGUUCAAGACUUUAUUGGUUUCAAGAGGAUUAUUACAUAAACAGCUAUCAAGACAAGUGUCAAUUUUUCAGACUAUUUGGAUCUCUGAUCGUGAAUGUGGUGAAACAGAACAGCUGGGAAAUGAGUGCAUUGAUUAUAUAAAAAAAACUGUUUAAGCCAUAUUUAGAUUAUUUUUCUUCGUGUUAAAGAACUGUGUUGUGAGGUUUGUGGCCUUCAUUAACGUAAAAGACUUAUGAGGUAGACUUUUUUUUUAAAAAAAAGAAUUUAUUUCUGUGGACAAAAGAUCGGUACAUAUUUAAUUGUUUGUGUCCAAUUGAAGAAACCACUCAAGUUACAAGAAAAUAAAGUGAUCCCAAGAGAGGUGCUGCUAGUUGUAAUUGUGAUUUGUCGAUGUUGGAGGUUACAGUAGAGACAGUAAAAAUCGUGGAACGUGAUCGCGGAUGUUGUAAGGGGGGAUGUAGAGUAUUUGGCUGUAAAAUGGAUUUCUUGUCCAUGUUAAAACACUCCAUUAUAGCCGACGACAGCAAUUCCAUUAUAAAACAUUAUGAUAUUGGACGGCAGAUUGGAACAGCUGGUCCGGAAAGUGUCUGGAAGAUUUUUGAGGCUGUUCGAAUUGAGGACCAUAAGGAAGCAUCUGUAUUUUGGUUUGAGAAAAAAGUUGCAGAUAAACUUCACAAACCUCGACGAAGGGAACAAGUGGCCGAAAUAUUACGAAAGGAGGUGAAUCAGUUAUGCAGAAUUCGCCACCCAAAAAUUAUCUCUAUACAGCAUGGUUUAGAGGAGUGCCACGACAGUUUGGCAUUUGCUACCGAACCAAUCUUCGCAAGUUUAUCCAAUAUCUUGGGAAACUAUGAAAGAAUGCCUGCAAACAUUCCACAAGAACUUAAGGAUCACGAGUUUAUAGAUAUGGAAAUAAAGUAUGGUAUUUUUCAGAUAACAGAUGCAUUGUCAUUUUUACAUAGUUCUGAACAUCUUAUUCAUCGUAAUGUUUGUCCUCAAUCCAUCCUUAUAACGAAAAAAGGUGCAUGGAAACUUGCUGGCCUUGGUUUUGUAGAAAAAACUAAGGAAGGAAAGGAAAAGUCAUCGUGUCAAUCCUGGACAACAAAAGUACCAAAAAUGGCACAACCUGACUUAAAUUUUAUAGCACCAGAAGUACAACUAGAGAAAAUAUGUACACCAUUAAGUGAUAUGUUUUCUCUAGGUAUGGUUAUCUGUGCUAUACAUAAUUAUGGUAAAUCGUUAAUAAGUGCUGAUCAUCUACCUGGCCUUUAUGUAAAACAACUUGAUCAGAUGCAUGAAACAUUUGGUGUAGUUGCUCAUCGGAUGUCAUUACAAUUAGUUGAACCUGUAGAGAAAAUGAUAAAUAGAGAUGUUCGUUAUCGACCAACUGCACAAUUAUUCUGUAUGUUAAAGUAUUUUAAUGAUCCUGUUGUAUCAGGUUUACAGUUAUUAGAUGCUGCUGAUCGUAAAGAUCCCGUUAUGAGAGCAGAUGCUUAUGCAAAUUUAUCACAAGUUAUACCCAUCAUGCCAAGGAAAAUUCUUUACCGAAAUGUCUUCCCUGUAUUAUGCCAGGAUUGUCGAUCAUGUGAUUCUAUGGUUUAUGCUUUACCAGCCAUGUUAACGAUGAUAGACUUUGCUCCACGUGAUGAUUAUGUUGAUAUUAUUCUCCCAGAAUUCCGCAGUAUCAUGUCCUCUUCUAAACCGGUGCAAGCUACGGUGUAUAUAUUAAAUAAAUUAGAUGUAAUCCUGGCCAAAACUCCUUUAGAGGAGAUCAAGAGUGAAGUUCUUCCGUUGGUAUUUAAUACACUUGAUUCAUCUUCGUUACAAGCUCAGGAAGCUGCGUUGAGUGCGUUUAGUGUUAUUAAGGAGUAUUUAGACGAUAACAUUAUCCGUAAAAUGGUUUUGCCCCGAGCCAAGUCAUUGUUUUAUAGAUCUACGAAUGUGAAGUUACGAAUCAAUGCAUUAACAUGUAUAGAUCAUAUGUUAGAUAGCCUGGGUAAGAUGUUAAUAUUGGAUGAAGUUUUACCAUUUUUAACAGAUAUUACAUGUCAAGAUGCUGAUGUUGUUAUGGCAGUUGUUGGUGUAUAUAAACAUAUGUUAAGUGAUAAAAAGUUUGGAUUAACUCACAAUUUGAUAGCCAGUAAAGUGAUGCCAUCUUUGAUACCACAUACAGUUAAUCCAGGACUUUCAAUGGAACAGUUUGGUGAUUUAAUGGAGGUAUUGAGAGAAAUGUUAGAGCAAAUUGAUCGACAAAGACGAAAUAAAAUGAAAUUAGAAACAGUUAUACUUCCUGUUCCACCGAGGGGGUCUAUUAAGAUGCAAGGUGGAGAAGACGGUAGUGAUAACGGAUUAGGAAACGUUCAGAGUCUAUUGAUGGUUAAUGAACGGUGUGGUAGUACCACUGUAUUUACUCGUGGAAAAACUGGUUGGUAUACAUCUCCAAGUACCCCAGAAUUACAACAACGUCCUAAAAUCUCUAGUCCCAAAACGAAUCGUAAAAAUCAUAGUUUGCAAUCACUUGGUAUGAGUUUGGUAAGAUGA